AUGAAACAGGAAAACACUCCCCAAGAUAACCUGCUUGCUAGUCCGAGCCUCCUUCGCAAAAUCGACCAGCUCCGCGAGAGGAAUAUCGGCCAGCAUGUCCCUCUGCCCCAGCUCGUUGUUGUGGGUGACCAGAGCUCUGGCAAAUCAUCUCUUCUGGAGAGUUUGACUGGAAUUCCGUUCCCGCGUGAUGUUGAACUCUGCACGCGUUACGCCACUCAAAUCACCCAACGCCGCGAUCAUUCAACUCAUGUCAACAUCACUAUAAUUCCUGGUCCGAAUUCAUCCGAUGAACACAAAAGCCAUGUCGAGGCGUACCAUGGCAGUGCCCUGUCUGGUGAGGAUUUGCGCGCCAAAUUUCCGGCAAUUUUGCAAGAGGUCAACGCCAGAAUGGGCAUUCGAAUGAGCUCAUCUGCCAAAGGCGGAACCGUCUUCAGUGAGGACAUCCUCAAGAUUGAGAUUUGCGGUCCCAAGGAAGACUAUUUGACCGUCAUUGACGUUCCCGGUAUCUUUCGUAACUCAACUGAGGGCGUCACUACCAAACAGGACAUCUUGUUGGUUCGGAAUAUGGUCACCAACUACAUUCGAGAUAACCGGACCAUCAUCCUGGCAGUCUUGCCUUGCAACAUCGAUAUCGCUAACCAGGAGAUUCUGACUCUCGCGGAGGAGUACGACAAGAAGGGCGAACGGACCCUCGGUAUUCUCACAAAGCCAGAUUUGGUACCCGAGGCCAGCGGCAAAGAUACGAUUUGCAGCAUCGUCGAGAACAAAAGGAAGCAGCUGACUUUGGGCUAUUAUGUCGUGAGGAGUCGUGGCGCAGAUCAAGACGACUCUGGCUAUGAGUCCCGCGAACAAAUGUUCAACGAAGACCCCUGGCGUCGCCUUGACAGGGGGAGAGUUGGUGUUCGCGCACUCAAGACAAAACUGGGUGAACUGCUAGGCGAGAUGGCGAAGCGUGAAUUUCCCAAGUUGAGGAAGGAUAUCGGCGAGAUGCUCAGUCGCGCGGAAAAGGAGAGAGAUGGGCUCGGUCCCGCUCGUGGCACUGAUACCGAACAGCGGAUAUUCUUGAGCCACAUCGCAGACAAGUUCCAGCAGUUGACAAAGGCGAGCCUGGAGGCUCGCUAUCAUCAUGACCCGGCAUUUGAGGCGUCCUUCCAUCUCAAACUCGCCACCCUCAUGGCGUUCCUUGCCGAAGAUUUCAGUCGCGAGUUUGAAGCAAAGGCUGCAUUCCGAUACUUUGAGAACGAAGACUCUGACACCGACGACUAUGACGAUGACUACGACGAAGUCGUUGAUGAGGAUUUUCUGCCCAUGAAUCCCAACCAGACAUCGCCUGCCGCGAAUGCAAAGAGGAUUCUGAGGGCCGCAACUCGUGAUCUUGACCCGGAGGAGUUUCCCGAGCUCGACGACAUCAUCAGUCACAGGUACGAAGUUGAGGAUCCAGAAGAUGGUAUCAUGGACUGGAUAACAAAUCUUUAUGUGCGAUCACGCGGCAUGGAGCUUGGUCAUUACACCAACGCGGUGCAGGCAAGUGCAUGGAGAGAGCAAUCCAGUAAAUGGCCUAUCAUAAGUCGCGCUUUUACCAGCCGCGCGAUCAUGAUCGUCCAGCGCUUCAUCACAGACACGCUCAGCAUCGUGUGCCCCGAUAGCACGCUUCGGGAUACCUUGUGGUCAUGCAUCCAAGAGGAGGUUCUCGAGCGAUACAAGAAAGCGACUGGUUUUCUCGAGUACCUCCUCUCCGUUGAGCGUGAGCUCAAUCCUUACACGCUCAACAAGCACUUCAACAGGACCCGUCAAGAGGCUCACGCGGACAGAGCAGCUUCCCACAUUCUCGCGACACUGCAGGAGGCAGAACAAGCGGGCGGAGACAACGCCACCGUCACCAUCGGCCAAGUUCGCAGCUCGACUAGAGACAAAUCCAACAUACAAGAUGUGGCCGAGCAGCUCCACGACGGCCUGAGCUCGUACUACGACGUUGCUCGGAAACGCUUUAUCGACAACGUCUGGACUCAGGUUGUUCAGUCCCACCUGCUUUUUGGCUCCAACACUCCGCUCAGGGUCUUCACCCAGGACUGGGUGAUUGGGCUUGGUGCCGAGCAACUUGAUGCGAUUGCUGGGGAGUCGUCGAGUGUCAAGGAGCAGCGGGCUAACUUGGCUCGCAAGAUCAAGGACUUGAAGGAAGCGAAGAAGAUUUUGUCGUUCUGA